AUGAAUUUGUUUGACUUCCAGCAGCUGUCCCAGAUGCAGACCCAGAUCUCUGACCCCUCGGCAGUGCUGUCCAUGGACAGCAGCCAGAGCUUGGACCUGAUCAGCAUCAUCAGCAAGGUCAAGGCACAGUAUGAGGACAUCACCAACUGGAGCCGUGCUGAGGCUCAGUCCUGGUACCAGAGCAGGUACCAGGAGCUGCAGCUCUCGGCCGGCUGGCACGGGGGUGACCUCCAGAACACCAGGGUGGGGAUCUCAGAGAUGAACCACCUGCUCCAGCAGCCCUCAGACAUGGACAGCGUCAAGGUGCAGGCACAGGACCUCCCCAAAACAGUCAUCUGA